UGAUGUAGCACUAACUUCACUCCAUUACGCGAAACAUUUUAAAACAUGGCCUCCGUAAAGUUUGCUGUUGUUGAUGCGAACGAUUAUUUAUCAAAAAAACAGGCUUCGGAUCCUGAAUUAGCCUCAGAUUGGGCCAAGCUAGAAGAACUAUAUAAUAAGAAAUUAUGGCACCAACUUACAUUAAAACUUCAAGAAUUCGUAAAGCACCCCUCAUUGCAGAGCGGCGACAACUUGAUCCAGCUUUACAACAACUUCCUAACGAUAUUUGAGAAUAAAAUCAAUCCACUGUCCCUGGUAGAGAUAGUCGCACACAUUGUAACUCAGUACGCAGACAAGAGAGAAGCCGUGGCAUUCCUGGAAAAAAUUGAAGCUAAGGUCAAAAUGAAUGCCGAGGCGCUCGCUCUGUGUAAGGUCCUGCAAGGCCAAAUCUAUCUGGAGCAUCUGAAUGACCUUGAUGCUACGGAGAAAAUCAUAGACGUCCUCGAGAAUACCUUGGAAGAUGCCGACGGAGUCACACCGGUACACGGAAGGUUUUAUAAACUGGCUUCGGAAUAUUACAGAGUUCGUGGACCCAUGGCCCGUUACUACGUGGCGGCGCUCCGUUACGUGGGUUGUGCGGGUGGAGGGGCGAACCUCCCAUUGCACGAGCGUCGCGCCGCAGCCCUACGGCUGGCGCUGGCAGCCGUACUUGCACCCACCGUCUACGAUCUGGGAGAGCUGCUGGCUCAUCCAAUCCUGGAGUCUCUUGAGGGUACCCCAGACUCCUGGGCCUGCGAUCUGGUCAAGGCAGUGGCAGCGGGAGAUGUGGUCGCCUUUGAGAAGAUUAGAGCACAAUCUCCUCACCAAGAACUUCAUCGGGCGGAUCGGCAGUUGAGACAGAAGAUUGCCAUAUUGUGUCUCAUGGAGAUGGCGUUCAACCGUUCAUCCACCCAGAGGAAGCUGACCUUCGCUGAGAUAGCUCGGGCUGCACGAGUCCCAGCAUCAGAUGUGGAGCUCCUCGUGAUGAAGGCUCUUGCUGAGAAACUGGUCCGGGGACACAUUGACCAGGUGAACGAGACAGUUAGUAUCACGUGGGUGAGGGCUAGAGCCCUAGGCAGAGCUGGUGCCGGUCGUCUUGCCGCUCGUCUAGACGCUUGGUGCUCCGCGGCCGCAGCAGCAGAAGGACUCCUUCAAAGAACCGCCCCAGAUUUACUCACUCUGUAAGACCUUAGGGUCAAACUUAUAUACUAAGUCGAAAUAGCAUGGGUUUGCUUUACCAAUGAAGCUGUUGUCCUAAGACCAGUCGGUCAAAUACUUGACAUAGUGGGUACUUAUAUAUUUCGUAUGUUCGGUGAAUAGUGAUGUGCCUGAUACAUGUGUUCGGUUGUAAUUGGGAACAUCACUAUGAAUUUGUAAUUUUUCUGUAUUAUUUUUGUAUAAAACCAUUACAUAUAUUUAUAAUUCUAAUAAUAUUCCCGUGAGACUUUUACACUAUAUGAAUCGUUACUUCUCUCCAACCGACGGAAGCUAAUGUUGAAUUUUUGUUCCAGAUGAAGACUUCAAUAGAAUUGUAAUUUACAUAUAAUAAUAAUAUACUAAUAUUAAUAAAAGAACAUAAUGAA